AUGGCAGAAAGCAGUGUGAUUAAAAUUGCUCCUUCAGAAAAGUUGAAGGAAUUUAUUCAACAGCACUUAGCUGAUAUUGAUGACACACCAGAGAGAAUUAAACUGCUCUCUACACCCAAUGUGCCACUUAAGAAGCGAGGUGGUAAAGCAGCCUUAUCUCUUCCUGACGCUGCGAGCGCAUCUUUCCUGUAUGUCGAAGAUUUUAAUUGGUUGUACAAUCAAGUUAAAAAACUGCAGAAGAAUGGAGAUGAGUCAUCUGGGAUCUAUUUGCACGAUUUGUUGGAGGGAUGUGACAUUAUUCUGCCAGAGCCGCCUAUUGUUGAAAGGAACCCUGAGCUUGAAGCAAGAAUUCAAAGGUUGAAAAAAGAACAAGCAGACAGAGAAUAUAAAGCUAUGACUAAGAAUGUUGAUAAUGUCAGAGUUCAUCACCCUGAUGACAGCAUUGGAUAUCAGAUGAAAAUGAUAAACUCUCACAUCAUUGCUGUACUGCAGUUUGUAGUAUCUGUUGGUGCAGGUUUCACCUUUGGAUUUUUAGGGGUUCAACUGAUGGUUGGAUCUUUGGACUUUGGAUUUAGGCUACUUCUUGGUGUUGCCUGUGCACUAACCAUAGCUUUAGCAGAAAUCUACUUCCUUGCUAAAAAGCUUAGUGAAGAGUAUGAAGAUGCUCCUCCUCUUCAGCCUCAACGUUUUGUUACUAAACAAUCUCCUCUCAAAACUUCCCAAAUCAACAGAAAAGAACAUAAAGAUUGAAAAGGAAUCUUUUUCUACUACAGUAACUAAAAGAACUCUUGCUUUGUAAAGAUUAAAAGUUUCAAAUAAACUAUGAGAACUUAA